GAAGUUUCAUGAACAUUGCAUUGACGAUCGUUUGAAGCUCCGUCUGUAUUGUAGUACAAGUCCUUCGCCCUAAUCUCAUGUUCGACCCUCAGUACUGUCGUUCCCAAUACUGAGCAUACGUUCUACAAUCUCUACCCAAGAUGCCUGACGUAACAGUGAUCAACGACCUGAAAGAAGAUAUCCACAUUGCUUUCUUCUUAGGUGUCCCUACCAACUGGAAAAAUCAUCUCAAACCUGGAGAACGUUGGACAACGCACCUAGCCAGCCUCCCGCUUCACUUUGAAGCGCGCUCUGUAACGGAGAGUCGCGAGUUCAGCCACGACGAAUCCAUGGAGAUGUUUGCAACCAUCGGAGGUGCUUGUGCUGCUGGUACUGCCAUGGUUUCGGGGCCGCUUAUGGCUGUUGCGAGUGCUGGUGAAUUUUGAGGUUUUUUUGAUGUGAUACCAUGAUGUUAAUGUUGUCCAUUGACAGGUGGCGCGAAAUAUGGUGCGUGGGGUGCACAUGGGAGGAAGUUUACCGCGAGAGUCUGGGUGCCGUUGUGGCACCAGCCUCAGUAUUCAGUAAGAAUUGUUAAUGGGAGGUGUGUUCUAUGGGAUGUCGGCGCCAAUAGAGUGGUCUGAUAGCUUCUGUAUGUCCGACUCGACAACAUGUUUCAUCUCUCUGUACAUAUCAGUAGCCACCCCCUGAAAUGUGUACGCAUGUAUGCAGCUCCCAUUAUGUAUUCUCUCCAAUGCGUCGAGCGUACUGUAACAUAGCACCGACUGACAGAAUUGGCGACAAGUUUGAGAUGCCAGAAGAGAGAAUUUCGGCUGCAUCCAGUGCACAGUGGGAUGAAAGGGCGACUCGAAUGUUACAGUAAGCUAUAUGCAUGCGUUCGAAGGAGUGACAUAGUG